AUGGCGGCACCAUCGCCUACAACGGCGGAGGACCAGGGACGCUUACUCGAGGAAGCCCUGGGAGUGGUGCGGCAGCAGUCGCAACAGAUGCGCAAAUGCCUCGAGACGCCAGGGAAGCUCAUGGACGCUCUGAAGUGCGGGUCGACGCUGGUGUCUGAGCUGCGCACGCCGACCCUGGGCCCCAAGCAAUACUAUGAGCUCUACAUGGCCGUCUUCGACGCUCUACGAUAUCUGUCCGAAUAUCUCCGCGAGUCGCAUCCCGUCAAUCAUCUCGCCGACCUCUAUGAACUUGUUCAAUACGCCGGCAAUAUUAUCCCCAGAUUAUACCUCAUGAUUACGGUGGGCACGGUAUAUAUGGGAGUUGACGAUGCACCGGUCAAAGAGAUCAUGAAAGACAUGAUGGAAAUGAGUCGCGGCGUACAGCAUCCAAUUCGAGGCCUCUUCCUCCGGUACUACCUCAUGGGACAGGCACGAGAUUAUCUGCCGACAGGCAAAGACGACGGACCGCAAGGCAAUUUGCAAGACUCGAUUAAUUUUAUCCUCACAAACUUCGUAGAGAUGAACAAGCUGUGGGUGCGGUGGCAGCACCAGGGACAUUCAAGGGAAAGAGAGCAAAGAACACAGGAGCGGCGAGAGCUGGAAUUACUGGUGGGCAGUAACUUGGUCAGACUCAGCCAACUGGUCGACUUGGAGACGUACAAGGCUACCAUCAUUUCUCCCCUGCUGGAACAGGUCGUGCAAUGUCGGGAUGUUUUGGCUCAAGAAUAUCUACUCGAAGUUAUUACCAAGGUGUUCCCCGACGAGUACCACCUCCAUACCCUUGAUCAAAUGCUCUCAGCCAUUGCCCGGUUGAACCCACACGUCGACAUGAAGAAAAUCGUGAUAGGUCUGAUGGAUCGGCUAUCUACAUACGCGCAAAGGGAAUCUGCCGAGGGGUUAUCUGAUGAAGACAAGCGCAAAGCUGAAGAAGACGCUGCGAUCCGGAUGCUCGAGAAGAUCGACUUGAACCAAGACUCGAAGCCAGCGCCUCCUGCUGAGCCAGAAACGCCCACAACAAACGGUGCAGAUCUGAAAUCGCCUACAGAGGCUGAAGCGACCGACUCACAAGCAGCGACCCCAGCCACUCCGACAGUCCCCACGGCGACAAAUGGCGAUAAGGUGGCCGGUGUUGGAGACGUCAAGCUGUUCGAAAUCUUCUAUGACCAAGUCGUCAGCCUCGUGAAGACGAGGGGCUUGCCCAUUCAAGAUACCAUGGCUUUAUUGACUUCGCUCGCGAACCUUGCGCUGAAUAUCUAUCCAGACCGGCUGGAGUAUCUCGACCAGAUCCUGGCUUAUGCGCGGGAGAAGGGUGCCGAAUACAUGGAUUCUGCGGACCUCCAUUCGGCCGCGACACAAGCCAACAUGCUCAAUCUCCUUCUUUCGCCAAUCCGGACAUAUUUCUCCCUUUUCACAGCACUCGCUCUUCCCAACUACCUUCCUCUUUACUCGUCACAAACCUAUGCAACUAGACGGGCAGUUGCUGGAGAAGUGGCCAAGAAUAUUCUGCGGAAUCGAAUCUCCAUCACCACCACACAACACUUGGAAGGCAUCAUGUCGCUGCUAAAGGUCAUCAUCAAGGAGGGAAUUCAACAACCGGCUGGCUAUCCUGGAUUGAACCGCCAACGGGGUGGUGAGUCGGAUGAGACUGUGGAGGAACAAGGCUGGCUCGCGAGGAUAGUGCAUUUCAUCCAUGGACCGGACAACGACACCCAACUCAAGCUGCUCCAGCAGGUUCGCAAGGCAUAUGAAGCUGGUAAUGAACGGAUAAAAUACACGACUCCAGCCAUUAUCACCGCGUCAUUAAAGCUAGCCAGGAAAUUCAAGACUCGCGAGCACUUUGACGACAACUGGCAAAAUCAAUCUUCGGCGCUGUACCGCUUCAUGCACCAAACCCUGUCACAACUCUACACCCGUGUCAACCCGGCCGCGGCAGAGUUGUGCCUUCGCCUAUUUGUCUCUUGCGGCCAAGUUGCGGACCAGUGCGGCUUUGAGGAGUUUGCGUACGAGUUCUUUGCGCAAGCGUUUACCAUCUACGAGGACAGUAUCAGCGACUCAAGGGCGCAGUUCCAGGCGGUUUGCAUCAUUGCCGGCGCACUGCAGAUGUCAAGAGGAUUCGGCAAGGAAAACUAUGACACGCUCAUCACGAAGGCAGCGCUGCACGGCAGCAAGCUGUUGAAGAAGCCGGAUCAAUGUCGCGCAGUCUACUUGGCGAGCCAUCUUUGGUGGUGCACCGAGAUUCCCGGACGGGAGGAAGACCCUAAAAACUUCUACCGCGACGGUAAACGGGUGCUGGAGUGCCUGCAACGAGCAUUGCGCGUCGCCGAUGCUUGCAUGGACACUGCCGUGUCCGUGGAGCUGUUCGUCGAAAUCCUGAACCGAUAUGUCUACUAUUUCGAUCAGCAGAACGAGACGGUUACGACCAAGUACCUCAACGGCCUGAUCGAGCUCAUCCAUUCGAACUUGUCCACGACCAACACGGAGGGCAAUGCUCAGUCGCUGGAGAAUCCUAAGCGUCAUUUCUUCCGGACGCUCGAGUACAUCAAGUCGCGGGAUUAUGAGGGCGUGGUUACCGAGGCGAGACAGUAA